AAGGAAGCAUUGCCUUUCUUUAUUAGAACUGUGUGAGAGAGGUACACUGUGUCUUUCUCAUCAAAGACUGCAUCUCCCUUCAGGUGAGUUCUAAGGAAUUGGCUGUUGAAGAGGUAUCACAGACACCAGGGGUACCCCGGCCCCUGAGCAAGAAUGGUGCCCUCUUCUAGGCACUGUCUCCUUCUGGUUGGCACUCUAGGUGUCUUUGUUCUAGAGCGUGCCAUCAAGGGGCAGAGGUACAGCACACUGAUUUUCACUCUGGAAAACACCCUUCGGAACUGCAGCUGCCCUGCAGACGUCCGGGACUGUGACUACAGUUUGGCCAACCUGAUGUGCAACUGCAACACGAUCCUGCCACCUGCAGUGGAGAGAAGUGCCAGCUAUGACGGCCGUCUCACCAUCUGGUUCACAGACAUGUCAGCCCUGGGCCGCCUGUUGAACUUCACACUGGUCCACGACCUGAAGCUCACCCUAUGCAGCACCAACGCUCUCCCCUCUGCCUACCUGGCCAUCUGCGGACUGAGGAGGCUCCGUGUCAGCAAUGAGGCCAAGCCUGAGCAGAGCCUGUUCAUCCACAGCAGUGGGGACACUGGUUCCGAGGACAAGCUCCUGCAAUCACAUAAAAAAGGGCAGCCAUGCACAUCUGUCUCCUUCUUGGAUGUGGCUCUCUUCAACAGGAACUCAUCCUUGAAGUCUUACAGUAUAGAGAAUGUGACCAGCAUAGUCCACAGCUUCCCUGGCUUCUCUUACUUUAAACCCUUCCCCAUGGCCAGCAAUCAAAGCUGUGUGGUCACAGUCAUUUACUGACGUCACGAUUGUGUCUGGCCAUUGAGAACUCUGUCAUGUGAUGCACAAUUUAAACAAAAAAAAUUGGGGGCUAAGGCCAAGAGGUGGGUGCCUUCCUUGCUCCUCCAAUACUAGUGCCAGAAGAUACAGCCAUCACCACUUAUCUAAAAUGGAUACAGACCAAGACCCCCAGGAGACGCCAGAAAUGGCAGGUAGUACCCCACCUGUGGAUGCUGCCCGUACACAUCUGUGAUAUAAUGCAUAAAUCAGGCACUG